CACCGUGGGCAGAGCCAUGCCCCUGUACUCGCUGGCAGGCCCGAAUUGAUAGAAGGUUUACUCGUUGCAACUUCCCUUUUUAUGGAUAUGGCAGCGGUUACGUCUAUGGACUCCCUAAUUAUUAUUUAGACAGUAUAGGGACUACCUGUUACCAGCCUCGAUGGCCCAGAUUUUUUAUUGGAGGUGGAUACAGAUGUACCUAUGAAUUUUCUGCUUUGAUCAGGGGCUAUAGAGGCCUUUGGCGGUCCAGCCACUACCAAGCAGUCAUGCCACCGAACGCUAGAUUCUUCUCAUUCUUCUAUUUCUCCCUUAGUUACUAUUAUGCAUGGAUAGAGAGAGAUGUCUUACCACGGUUCUACUGCUGUGGACUUGCUGGUGGAGAUUUCUGUAGACUUUACGAGCGACGUCGUCCACGGGCUCACUGCUUUGGUUACAGACGACCAUGGAUGGGAUGGUUUUGGGGAGAUCCGCAUAUCAAUACUCUGGAUGGGAGGAAAUACACCUUCAACGGCCUUGGUGAAUACAUUACGAUGUCUUACAGUCACGGUGAUCCAUUCGUUUUACAAUCAAGAACUGGCAAGGCUUUUAACAACAGUGAACCCGUUGAACACGGAACGGUCUUCAUAGGGUUCGCUGCUACACAAGAUAUCACAAGGGUUGAAUUCCAGCUGAACGACAACAGGACAGAAAUGAGUAUUCUUGUUAAUGGUUCCUCGAUUAAUAUGACAGAUUUGCUAGACGAUGGAUAUGACUCGCAGGAUCCGACUUUCAUCUUAUCCUCGGAUAAUGAGACCGAAUCCGAGGGUGAGAUCAAGGUCACAGCUCUCUUUCAACCAGAAGGCUAUUCGAGUACGUCCUUUACAGUGACCUUUACGAAUGGAAUCUUGGAUAUAACCGUCAUGGUCCCGCCUGAGUAUUCUGAGAACGCAACAGGGAGGGGUCUGCUUGGUAAUGUCAAUGGAAAUACAUCGGAUGAUUUUCUUUUACGAAAUGGAACGUUGCUGACCGAUCAACCCGGGAGAAAUUUAACAGAAGAAGAAAUAUUCCAAUUUGGACAAUCAUGGAUGAUUACGGAGAACGAGUCGCUGUUUGAAUACGGUGAUAGGGACUGGAGUUACUACAAUCCGAGUAACUACACACCAAUGUUCUUAGACGCCCUACUCGCCCUUGACCCAGACAGGACCAGAGACGCCCGGGAGACUUGCGGGGAUAACGAAGCGUGCCUAUUCGACUUCCUCGCUGUCAACCCCGAAUUGGGAAUGCAGACGAUGGACACCGGGAACCAACUUGACAACGAUCUUCAAAACCUUGAAAAUUUCCCUCCAAACAUAACAAGCGUGACAGAGCUGACAGAAACAGAUGGACUUCAAGAGGAUGAUGUUCUCUUUGUGCAAGUGGGCGUGAACAUUACCUUAGAGAUUACUGCACAGGACCCUAAUGAUGAAGACGUAUAUUUCACUUUCAACGAUACAACUCCGGAUGGUACAAAUAUCAGCUCAGAUGGCAUAUUCACCUGGAUACCUACUGACCUGAACGUCUCCUCCAUUGAGAUCAUCGCCAUGGACAACCGAGGCGCGGAGACCUCUUUGUCGUACAAUGUCCUCAUCUGUCAAUGCGAGAACAAUGGCGUGUGUGACUUUGAGAGCCAGGCCGAGGGACAGGACCUCAGUGCUAAUGGCUUUGCUGUGGUCACGUGCAACUGCACUGAUGGAUGGUCAGGUGACCACUGUGACGUAGACUUCGAUGCAUGUGAGGGCAGCGGGCCCUGCUAUGACGGGGUUAUCUGCUACGAUGAGCCUCCAUCUUCGGAUGAAGAAUACAGAUGUGGGCCAUGCCCUCCCCUGCUGACGGGCGACGGAAGUAACUGCUACGAUUUCAAUGAAUGUGCUGAUAAUGACACAAAUAACUGUGAUCAGGUUUGUGAAAAUGCAUUGGGAUCCUACACAUGUUCUUGUGACACAGGCUAUAGGCUUGGCCUUGAUCAACGAUCAUGUAUUGAGAUAUUUUGUACUGAGGAACUAAUGAAUUCCACUGGAUCUGAAAACUGUACUUGCGAGCCAGGCUUUGAACUCAUAAAUGGAUCCUGUAUAGAUUUUGAUGAAUGUCUAGCUGGUGUCGACCAGUGCCCGCCUGAUAUAUCUAGUUGCAACAACAUACCAGGAGAUCAUAAUUGCACUUGCCAUUCAGGAUACGAAAACAUGUCCCCAAAAGAGUGUCAAGAUAUUGACGAAUGUGAACGUGACUUGGAUAAUUGCAACAGGACUGAAUUCAACUGUGUGAACACACUGGGUAACUUUUCAUGCGUAUGCAAGGAAGAUACAACAGAAAUCAAUGGAGUUUGUCUAGGUGCAUUGACAUUGUCGCUCAACGCUCGUUUUUCAUUUAUCAACGGGCUUGGCGUUGUUACCUACCCAGAGACAAUUGACUCCCAAGAAAAUCAGCAGAAGUUGGCACAAGAUGUCCUGCGUUACCUCAACACCUCAUCAGCACUAAGUGAAGAUGAGUUGCAGGCUGUAUCUGUGCAAAACUACAGCUUGGCAGGAAGUUCUCUUCAGAUUUCCUUCCGGGUUGACUUAAAACCCGACUCGCCACUGACCGAAUCUGGUCUGGAGAAUAUUUUCAUGGAACUUCUUCCAAGCACACGGCUUAUUGAACCGAACCAUGAAGUUACGCCUGAGGAUAUCAAUGAAUGUGAGCUAUCUACGGAUGUGUGUGGUAACGGUAACUGUACAAAUACAGACGGUAGCUAUUUUUGUACCUGUUCUGAAGGCUUCCAACUCGGAAACGGGGAUGCUUCUUGUGUAGAUAUCAAUGAGUGUCUCGGGGAUCAUAGAUGCAACCAAACUUGUAUCAACUCACCGGGGGAUUUCUCGUGUUCUUGCAAUCCUGGAUUUGAGCUUGAUGAUGAUGGUUUUGCAUGCAUUGAUACUAAUGAAUGUAAUGCAACAGACGUGUGUAGUAACGGGAACUGUACAAAUACAUAUGGAAGCUACUAUUGCACUUGUGAUGAUGGUUUCAUUGGAACUGGAAAUGAUUCUUGUACAGAAAUCGAUGAGUGCGAAUCUGAUCCUUGUCAAAAUGGAGCGACGUGUACGGAUGGGAUCAACAUGUAUAGCUGUACCUGCGCACCUGGUUUUACUGAAACUAAUUGCUCAAUGGAAAUAACCACGCCCACAGCCACCACCACGCCCACAACCACCACCACGCCCACAACUACCACCAUCACAGAGAGCCCACCACCUACAACUACCAUACAACCAAGCACAAUUAAUACAGAGGAUACUAGUCCUACUGAUUUGACUACUUCUGAUUCUACCCCUCCUCCAACAACGAUUACUUCAACUGAAAUAACUACGUCCACUGCCGCCACCACCACAGAGGGCUCACUAGAUACAACUACCAUGGAACCCAGCACAGCUACUCCGGAAACUAGUCCUACAGAUUUAACUACUGAUACUCCUGAUACUACCACUCUUCCAUCAACAAUCGCCUCACCUGAAACGUUCGUGAGCAUCAUAAGGAUUAGUAUCACAGCCAACAGACGAAAUGGUGUACUGCUUGUAUUCACAGAAGAACUUAAUGAUCGGUCUACGGCCGCUUUUAUGGCUUUGGAAGAUGUCUUUUGUGGUGCGGUUUCAACGUAUUUGAAUGUAAGCUUAAAUUCAGCGCAGCUCAUCAUGGUAGUGUGA